UUGGCGCGCAAAAACGGUUUUCGAGCGAGCAAGUGUGUUUAUUGGUCACCACCACCAUGCCGACGUUGGAUGGCGAAGAGUUUCAGCCGGCCGUGCCGACGCUGAAUGACUCCGAGAAAGUGUUCCCCUGCAAAGACACUGGCGAAGCCUUCAAGAGUUACGAUGACUUCUUGAGUCGCAAGUUCCAGUUGCUUGCACCUCGCUGGGCAUGCAGCUUCACAGGCAAAGGAGAACUCUCGUUUGACGAGGCGCUGGAGUCGGAGCAAGAGCACAAGGAGCAGGUUGCGGCCAUUCCCGCGUGGCUUGAGGCGGCCGUGUGCCGUGCUGCGCACCACCGCAAGGCCAAGACGUUCAAAGCCUUGUACUCCACGGUGUUCCACGAGAUCAAGGACACGUUUCGUGUUGGCUGGGAUGUGGAGCUCGUGGUUGGCCGAAGAAAAAGAAAAGGCACCAUCAUUGACUCGACAGGCCAGAGCAUCCUUGCAUCGCUGUCUGGGGCGGGCGGCGCCGACACGUCGGACCCCAGUGCGCUGGCUGCGUUCUCGUCGCCAGUUGACCUGGCCAAGCACUCGGGCGAAACAAAGGCGAAGACACGCAAGAAGCACGGAAUUCACGACAAACUCUCCCCCACAGACAUUGAGCUGCUGCGGCCGUCUGCCGUGUCCACGCCACCAAAGGCGAAAAAAUCGCGACGCAAGGUGGACCCGGAGGCGAACAAGGCGACGGCGGUGCUGGAGCAGAUGAAGGACAUGGCAUGCAAGAAGAAGUCGACGACACUUCGCAAGAACCUUGAAUCCGCAAUCAAGGACAUGAAGAAGCGGGAACAGAAGAAAUACCUCAAGGAGUUUGACCGCCUCGACGUUUUGCGCACGCAGAAGCUUGCGGAGAUGAAGGAGGAGACGAUCAAGCGGCGACAAGAGGCCAGACGCAAAGAACAGGAGAAGAAACAGGCUGAGCGCGAAUACUGGAAGCCAAAGGAAGACCUGUCACUGGAUGACAGCACACCUCUGCCACUGCUGCCGUCCUUCAAGACCAAGUUGACCCAGGACCAGCUUCUCCGCGCCAUCACCAUCAUGCAGACUGUUUCAGCAUUUGAAGAGGCGUUGGAGAAGAGUGAGCACUUUGAAUACGCGUUCAACCUCCGUGACCUCGAACAGUCUCUCGCCCUCUCCCACGUCAACGACUUGGUGACGGAUCUGCUGCUGCUGUUUCUGGACUGCUUGCUUGAGGACGACAACACCAAACCGGCCAACAUGACGCUGCUCGGCCUCCCGCUCGAGGAGCUGUCGCACGAUUGCCAUUCUGUGUCUGGCACACUGCUGUGGUACCUCACGUCGUCGGCAUCUGACUUUGACAAUCCCAAUGUCAUCGAUCAUCUCAAAACGGACACCUUCUUCUCCCUCAGCGUGGACGACAAGCUUGCCUGCCUGGACUACCUCUCGCUGCGGGUUCUGGACACGAACCGAAUCCGCGACCUCCUGCGCGACGCAACGGAGCAGGCCGCAAACAUCAGCAAACAGUGGCACCACGAGAAACUUCGGUUUUCUGCAAACAUCAAGGACACGCGUAAGGCACUGCAGGGGGCGCGGCAGGAGCUUGAAACGGAGCGCAAGGAGAAGCCGGUCAAGCGACACACCCGUGCACAGUCGCAGCGGGAGGACGAGGUGCUCAAGUUGGCGCAGCUGGAGGAGUCGGAGAAGCAGGAGCGCGACGAGACGCAGCUACAGUUCCGCCGUGAUCUCUUCAACACAAAACUCGCCAUUCGCUCCCGCCUGCUCGGCAGAGACAGAUUCUUCAGGCGGUACUGGUUGCUGCAGGGCUAUCCCGGUAUCCUUGUUGAGCCAGCGCCAUCGGAGCUCUUCGCAAGUACCACCGCAAACGGCGGCGAAGCGCAGCCAAAGAAGCGUGCGAAGCGACAGAGCAUGGCGGCCAAGCGCGAAGAGGAGAGCCAGCACAAACUCGACGAGGAGUGGGCGAUCAUCAAAACCAAGGCGGAGCUGGACGCACUCGUGCAGUGUUUGAAUGUUCGCGGCAAUCGCGAGAAGGACCUCAAGGACCGUCUUGCAUCGUAUGAGGACAUUAUUGACGAGCACUUUUCGCUGUCCAAGCCAAAGACGUGCUACCCUUACGGCAUGGCUCCGCCAGUGAAACAGGACCCGGAGUCCAUUCUGGUUGAGAUUCUGCGGGAGGAGAUCAGGACCAUGUUUGAAAAGCUCUCCCAGAGCAACAUGAUGCUCGUCGCCUUCCAGGAUUUGGAGAGCAGCUGGCUCGAGCGAGUGGAGGCCGCCACCGCCCCCAAGGAGUUUGUGUCGCUGCUGCUUGAGCUUGAGCGCAAUACAUCGCGCAAAGCGCUGCGCACAUCCUCCGCGCGAUCGCGGGCGGCCGGCGUCCUCAUCUUCCUCACAGACAAGCUCGACGCAGACCAGCAGCUCAUCGCACAAGAAGAGCUUGAGCGUGCGCGCGAAUGGGUGGAAAGCCUUGGGCUGGACGACCUGCCGUUUGUUGACGCUGCUGCUGCUGCUGCUGCUGCUGCGGAUGCUACUGGCGAAGAAAUGGACCAGAGCAAAGAGAACCACGACAUUGAGGAGAACGGAGACGACGCACCAAGCGCAACCGCGACCGACGAGAACAAGGCCGCUGUGUACACGCCGCCAAUUAUCGACACGUUUGCCGAGUGGUGGUGUCAGUCGUUGCAAACGGUCGCAAACAUCUCGCAGAUUUAUCACUACGUUCGCAUUCUCGACAACGCAAUUGCCUGGCGCCGCAUCACUCGUGCCCGCUCGUCGUCCCGCGCAUCUGCAUCUGCCCGCGACGAAAACGACGAAGAGGAAGAGGAAGAGGAAGAGGAAGUGGACACGGAGGCGCUUGCAAAGGCGCUGAAGAGCCCGGCAGCGCGGCGGCGGGCAAAGGGACGCGUGAGGCGGCAGCGGUCUGCAUCGCACAGCGAAGAGGAGGAGGGCGAGGACUCGGAGUUCAAGGAGAGCGAUGAGGAGGAGGAAGAUGACAAUGACGAUGACAGCGACUACGAAGAUGAGGAAGAGGAAGAAGAAGAAGAGGAAGAGGAAGAAGAAGAAGAGGAAGAGGAGGAAGAGACGCUGCGGCGCGGGCGGCGGUCGCGUGGCGGGCGGCAACAGCAGCGGUCGUCGUCUCGGCGAUCCACGCGCAACUCAAAGCGGCUCUCAAGCUCUGGUGACGAUGACGAAGAGGAGGAGGAAGAAGUAGAAGAGGAGGAAGAAGCACCACCCACGCGCAGCCGCCGGCGCAUCGCUGCUGGGAAGCGGCGCAGCAAGCGGUCACGCGCCAGGUGAUUUGAGCCGUUUGACAUUGGACGGACACUGCUUGCUCGCUACUGGUCGGGUGGUGUUGGACCGCCACCAACCACGCGCGCGCACACGUGUGUGUGUGUGUGUGUGUGUGUGUGUGUGUUGUUUUGGUUGCCUGACAACAACCAGAUGAUGCACUUGUUGCUUGAUGUGUGAUUUUCUUUCGAUUAGGGGCGUUGUGUCUGUAUCUGUGUGCGCGUGGUUGUGUGUGUGUGUGUGUGCGCGUGUGUGUGUGGAUUUGCAGAUUCAUUCGCGCGUUUUGUUGGUCGUGUGUUCGUUUAUUCGUUCAUAUCGGUUUGUGUCGAUUAAACAAGGGUUGGAAGGGCAA